UGAUAAACAUCGUGAGCUGUGGUAGCCCUCAAAACUCUCCCAUAACAUGACGAUAUGCUUCCGGUAGCUUAUUCAUGAUGCCUCCUUCCUUUCUUAUUUCUAACAGGCUGUAUAUGUUGAGUUUAUCAUGUUGCGUGUCGGCUUUACUACGUCACUCAAUAGUUUAUCGAAAUUAAGAGUUCACGUGGCAGCGAGACCAAUAACGUGUAGCAGCAUGUCGGCCAGGAGCACUGCUCGACUAUUUGAACAGGCGCAGGUGCACACCCGUUUCACCAGAAUUGAAGUUCCUAAGUACUCUCUGGAGAUGCUGGAGAAAGGACCCAAGGCUAAGUUCACAGUGUGCGUGGAGGGAAACAUCGGAAGUGGGAAGUCAACGCUGCUAGAACACUUCUCCAAGUUUGACGAUGUUGAAGUGUUGCAAGAACCUGUCGAGAAAUGGCGAGAUGUGCGUGGCUGUAAUCUCCUGGACUUGAUGUACAAGGACCCAUGUCGGUGGGCACAUACAUUCCAAGCCUACGUACAAAUGACUAUGCUGGAGCUACAUCUUCAGUCCACUCAAGCCCCAGUUAAGCUUAUAGAACGAUCUCUCUACAGUGCCAG